AUGACCGUGACUAUCGCGGGUCGAGGACCGGAACUGCUUGGAACAGUGGGUUUGUUCAUCGCGUUGAGCACCAUAGCAAUAGGUCUACGAUGCUACUGUAGGGUUCUUAUUGUCAAAGGCUUUGGGCUCGACGAUUGGUCUGCGGUCGCCGCUUGGGCGCUUUUCAUGGUCUACAGUACGUUUGCGCUCUCCGGGGUACAUCACGGAACUGGCCAGCAUGCCGAUGAUAUUCCACGGGGGGAGCUCCCCCAGGGGUUGAAGUGGUGGUGGGCAUGUGAACCCGUCUACAUCUUGACCUGUAUGGCGCUCAAAUUCAGCAUCGGCAUCUUCCUCCUUCGAAUCGCCGUGGCGAGGACCCACAAAGUCAUCAUCUGGGCGGUCAUAAUCGUCACGGAAGUCUACUCGGCUUUCUUCUUCUUCCUCUUUAUCCUGCAGUGUCGUCCGUCGUCCUACUUCUGGACCCAGUAUACCGGCGGAAAGGGAACCUGCAUCAACCCGAAGGUCAUAGUCGACAGCUUCUAUGCCUACUCGGCCAUCUCCUGCGCGGCGGACUGGACCCUCGGCAUUAUCCCCGUAUUUAUGGUCUGGAACCUGCAGAUGAACAUCCGCACCAAACUCUCCGUUGCCGCAAUUCUUGCCGUUGGUGCCAUUGCCUCGAGCGCAACGAUCAUUCGCAUUCCAUACAUCCGUGGCAUGGCCGACAUAAACGACUUCCUCUACUCCACCAUGGACGUGGCGAUUUGGUCAACCGUCGAAGUAGGUAUUGGCAUUACCGCCUCCGGCGCCGCGACCCUCCGGCCCCUCUUCAACGCCUACUUCUCUAGCACCAUUGGUGGCUCGGGCAGUGGGACAACCCCGAGCGCCUCGAACCGCCAGCCGCAAUUCAACGGGCGGGCGUCGAGAUAUCUCCGCAGUAAAGACACCGAGACUUUUGUGUUAAGGAGUGAUAUCGGGAAAACGGGUGGCGUCACGACAGUGAUUGAGGGGGAUGCGGAUCUGGAGAGAGUACAGACAAGUGGGGAUUCACAUGACGGGAACCAAAGAGGUUGGAAUGAUAGUGAGAGUAAAUUAAGGGACGCGAGUAGUGAUCUGGAAGAUCGGAGCUGGCCCAGGGGGAUUGUAAAGACUACAGGGACGAUACAGGUUACGAAUUAG